ACUUUCGACAAGAAGUGAAUGUAUUAAUAUGAGAAAAAUCGAGAGAAGCCCUCGUGUCUUUUAUAUGAUAAUUAGAUUAUAAUCGAAUCUCUCAACUUUUAAAUGACUUUCUAAUGAUAAUUGGGGGAAGAAAACAAUGUUGAAUUCAUUGAGUGGAAUGUAAUCCUUUCAGUUAGUGUCGCUGGACAAAGACGAAAAUGGAACACGAUCCUCUACAGGGGUUCCGAAAUGAAUGAUUAACUGAAGAAAAAAUGACGUGAAUUAAAAAGAUUCAGUGUUAUAAUGAAUAGGAACUUCAAAGCACUUGGAUGUUUUCACGCGUCCCAUCUUAAUUUCUGUUUUGGUUUGUCGGUCGGCCUGGUAAUUUCAUUUAUCAUCGCUAGUUUUUCCUCACUUCAAACACCCUUUAUUGUGACCCGGAAGUAUGCAGCAGAAAAAUUCGAUAGCUACCUCUCCUCAAGGUCAUUACAGGAAGUGGCCAAAUCAUACGACGAAAUGCACGAGGAUAUGGACAAACGGGUCACUCAAGAGGACAUCAGAGGGGUGAAUUUUGAUGAUGAACACAAGCAUCUUGAUAAUGACAAUGUUGCUAGAAAAUUGGCUGAACAAAUUCGGGUCUUGUGUUGGAUAAUGACAGGGCCACAAAAUCUUGAAAAGAAAGCAAUACAUGUGAAGAAAACCUGGGGCAAACGAUGUACCAAGCUGAUAUUCUUCAGCUCUGUUACAAAUAACACUUUUCCCACGAUUGGACUUAAUAUAUCAGAGGGCCGUGAACAUCUGACGGGAAAAACUAUGCGAGCAUUCAAAUAUGUCUUUGACCACUAUUAUGAUGAAGCUGAUUGGUUUAUGAAAGCGGAUGAUGACACAUAUUUUAUAAUGGAAAAUCUCCGAUAUUUUCUUUCAUCACGUGACAAAAUGGAACCUGUUUAUUUUGGACAUCAUUUUAGAACGAUAGUUCGACAGGGGUAUUAUAGUGGCGGCGCAGGGUAUAUCCUCAGCAAGGAGACAUUAAGAAGAUUAGGAACAACCGGUCAAGAUCCAAAGUUUUGUAGACAAGAUGGCGGAGCAGAGGACGCCGAGCUGGGCAAAUGCAUGCAAAACCUCGGGGUUAAAACAGCAAAUUCUACCGACGCUCUUGGAAGGAGCCGAUUUCAUUGCUUCGACCCAGAAACCCAUCUUAACGGAGGAUAUCCUAAUUGGUACUAUAAGUAUGACGCCAACGGGGCCAGAAAGGGCGUGGAGAGCAUCAGUGACUAUUCCAUUUCGUUUCAUUAUAUUAAACCAGAGAGCAUGUACUCCUUAGAAUUUUAUGUGUACCAUCUUAGACCGUACGGGAUUGAAUUCAGAAAUCAGGACCUUAAUCAGAAAGGGGCAUUAUAUACAAAUAAUGAAACGACUUCUGAAAAACUCUAGAGUGACUGGGGUUACAACUUUAAGCUGUGAUAUGCUGAAAUCGCUCCUGGCAGUCUGACUGUAAUCAUGGGAGCUUUUCCAAUCCAAAAAUCAUACCGUCUAUUCAAAGUGGAAAUUUCGUUUUUGUUCUAUUUGAAUUAUGUUUGUUGUUUUUUGUUGUGUCUGCUGUUGGGUACACGUGGAACGAUGAUAUUCACUCAAAAAGAAUUCAGUUUGUUACAUGAGUUUCUGUGCAGAUGUAUAAUUUGUUUAAAGCAAUUUUUCAAGUGCUCAAUUUGUCGCAAAAACUACUGACUUUAACAAGUGACAUACGUAUAGUAUUUUAAUAACUUAUUUAUUACAAUGGGAUGAAUGUAUGUAAAAAUGCCAUGUAUGUAAAAUGAAUACGUUGUAAAACUCCUGAUGAUACCUGCAUAUUUAUUAAUAUCUUUUAUCUUCUAAGACUAUGUUUUAUAAAAAAGUACAUACAUCAUAUAUGGAAAUA